UGUAGUAUCAUCGAGUAACACACGCUUUUCCAUAUAUUUGCCUCCUUUUGCUACCUUCAAACGCUAUAAUUCAACCCGUUACUACCCUUUUCCCUCUGCGAUCUGUCUCUCUCUCUCUCUUUUAAUUAAAAGAAAAUCCCAAAAAUCUUCACCUUCCAAAUUAGCUUUCUGGUAACAAUUCAUCUUCCAAAUCUAUAUUUCUCUCAGAUUCUUCAUUAUACGCAUAUAUAUAUAUAGAUACACACACUCGAUAGAUAGGGUUUUUAGUUAGGCAUAUACACUCUGUUUUCUCUGUUCCACUUGAAAGAUGAUUUCUUCUCUGUUUUUCAUCCUAGUUCUGUUUGCUUCUUUUUUUAUCUCCUCCUCUAUCGCUUACAACUUCUACGUUGGAGGCAAAGAUGGUUGGGUUUUGAAACCUUCUGAGGAUUACAAUCACUGGGCUGGCAGAAACAGAUUUCAAGUCCACGAUACACUCACUUUUAAGUUCAAAGAAGGGACAGACUCUGUUUUGGUUGUGAAGAAAGAUGAUUACUAUAAUUGCAACACAAAGAAUCCAAUCAAGAUUUUGAGUUCUGGUACCUCUGUUUUUCAAUUUGAUCAUUCUGGUCCUUUCUUUUUCAUUAGUGGAAAUCAAGAAAAUUGUCAAAAAGGACAAAAGCUAAUUGUUGUAGUUCUUGCCAUUAGACCAAAACCAGCUCCUAUAGCCCCUUCGCCACCAUUAACACCACCACUGCCACCAUCUAAACCACCUUCCAUUGCCCCAAAACCAUCAUCCCCCAGUGUCUCCCCUGUCUCAUCCCCACCAUCUAUAACACCAAAACCACCAGUUAUUUCCCCUGCAAUACCUACAGUUCCUGCAGUUUCCCCUGUUUCUCCUUCUUUAGCUCCAUCACCAACAGCCAAGACUCCAGUUAUAUCUCCCGUACCGGCGAAAUCUCCAUCCCCAUUAGCAAAUGCUCCUUCACCGGCAAUAUCUCAUGCACCCAAGUCUUCAUCGCCGGCUAAAUCUCCAUCUCCGUCUCCUACAACCACUCCACCUGUUUACUCUCCGGCGACAUCUCCAUCUCCGUCAAUCACAACGGCUCCGCCUGUUUUGUCUCCGGGAGCUGAACCGGCUGAAUCACCUGAGGGAGGGUCAGGGCCAGCAUCUUCACCGGGCUCUGGUGAAACGGCGGCGAUCACUGCACCGCCUCCAGGUGGUUCUGCUUCAUGGGCUGUAACUCCUUCAAAAAUGAUCUCGUUUGGUGUUACUAUUGCUAUUACUGUCGUUUUUGGUGCAUUUCAUUGGGGAGCUUAUUUUUGAAUAAUUUGGUGGUUGAUGGGUUUCUUUUGGAGUUUUAGUUUUUAAUUUUUAAUUUUUAAUUUUAUUUCAUUUGGUUUUAUUAGGAUUUUCUCAGUUAUUAUUAUUUUUUUUAAUUAUGGUUUGGUUCUGCUUUAUUUGAAUAUAUGCCCAUGACAUUUUCUUCUUUUCUUUUUUUUGUUUUAUUGAGUUUCUGUAUGUACUUGUAAUGAACGAGCAAUUUUUUAUUUUA